AUGGCUCCACGCGGGAACCAAAUGUUGGGCAAUGCCCAUUUCCGCAAGCACUGGCACAAGCGCAUAAAGACCUGGUUCAACCAACCAGCUCGCAAGCUCCGCAGAAGAGAGAACCGUCAAGCUAAAGCUUCCGCUAUUGCCCCAAGACCAGUCGCUGGACUUUUGAGGUAACUAUUUAUUUUUAUUAUUCACAAUAUUUUUAAAAAUUUAGAUCGGUUGUUCGUUGCCCAGGAAAGAGAUACAACACCAAGACUCGUCUCGGACGUGGAUUCUCUCUCCAAGAAUUGAAGGCUGCCGGUAUCUCGCAAGCCGAAGCCAGAUCUGUCGGAAUCGCUGUUGAUGCCAGAAGAGUCAACAAGACCGCUGAAGGACUCAAGGUGAUAGUGAUUCUUUUUUACCGAAUUAAUUUUUUAUUUUUUAGGCCAAUGUUGACCGCCUCAAGGAGUACAAAUCCAAGCUUAUCCUCUUCCCUAAGAACUUGAACGCUCCAAAGAAGGGAGACAGCUCUGUAAGUUCAUUUUCGGAUGAAUAGCUGAGGCCUUUAUAAAACCUCUUGCCUGUUUAUGCCGGGUUUUUUCAAAAUAAUUGGUUAAAGACCCAGUUGGAACGGUUUUCCUUCUAGGCGGGUUUGUUAAACUGAAAAAUACGAACAUAAGCUUGUUUUUUAAUGAUUGAUGUAGAAAAUUCAAAAUAUUUCUGUAAUAGACAUUUUAUAAACUUCGAAAUAUCUAAUUCCUAAGAUAAAAACUGAAAAGUAACUGAAUUUUCUAUCGUAUCAAUUCUCAUCAGUUUUCCUGAUUAAAUUAAUAUAUUUUUAAUUAUUAUAGGCUGAAGAACUCAAGGUUGCCGCUCAAUUGCGCGGAGAUAUCCUUCCAUUGACCCACACCGUCACCUUCGAAGAGCCACGUGCCAUCACUGAUGCCGAGAGAAAGGUCGAAAUCUUCAGACUUCUCCGCAAAGAACGCGCUGACAAGAAAUACAAGGGACGUCGUGAGAAGAGAGCCAGAGAUGCCGCUGAGGAGAAUAAGUAA